AUGUCUUCGUUGGUUUCAGAUUCAUACAUGAUGGAAAUUUCGUUGGAUAAGCAGGAUGGCAAAUUGAUAUGGAAAGGAUUCAUUCCUGUUGAUUCUUUGGAACAUGUUUCAGUUUCUAUUGUGAGUCCUGAUGCUAAAUAUAUGGAUUUGCAAAUUUUGAAUUUCGAUGAUGAACCUACCGGUCAACCUAUCACUGCUGAAAUUUCUGAAUCAUGGAUGGGAUAUGAAAAACAAAGUAGCGUUCCUGCCAAAAUCUACAAAUUUACCAAGGUGGAUCAGAUCAGAAUUGGUGAUUGGUUUGUUCAAGUUAGUUUGAACAAGCAAACAGCUCCACAAGCAAUCAUUGAAAAGUAUCUCACCAAAGACGCUUCUUCCACAGACGCCAUGUUGAUGAUUUACAACAGUAGUCCAUUAACAGCCCACACUCAAUCGUUAUCAUUCAAGACACUUGUUGGAGACAAGAUUGGUUUCAUUACACGAGUCAGCGAAAAAUCUGAGGUUGAGAAGAGAGCAACACUUGGUGUCCAAUACAUUCCACAGGCAAUCCCAUUGGCUAGUUUCGAACAUAUCGAAGCUGAGAUGGAUGUUAUUUUACCAGAUGGUCAUGCCACUGUCAUUCCAAUGAGAGACGCUGUGUCUAGCGGUCGUUUCGCUGUUGAUCCAAAGCUUCAUCAAGAUGGUACCUUCAGUGGUGAAUUUGUUGCAACUGAAAAAGGUAUCUUCCACUUUACAGUUCUUGUGAAAGGUGUUGUUUCUGAGGAAAUGAAGGCAAGAUUGUUUGCCAAUGCCAAAAUGGUUCCAUCUCAACAAAAGAUUACCUUCAUGCGUACCACUCAACAUAUUAUUUCUGUUGUUGAGAAGGAUUUGGAAUUGGUCAAUGCUGGCACCGUUGCUGCAUUUAACCAAAUGGAUGAAAUGAUGACAGUUAAUUUGCAAGCUAAACCACUCGUCCAAGAUGCUGAACCAAAGAAAUAUAAGGCCUAUGCUGAAAUUUGGGCUCGGUCUCAAGAUGGUUCCUCCAUUGUUCCUGUUUGUUGGAGUCUUGGUAUGUCAAUUUCUAAUCCAUCUACACAAGGAAAGGAUUUAAUGAGUAUUCCAUUGCAAUUCUCCAUGAAGUGGUUGUCUAAGGCCAAUGCACAACUUCCAUUGACCUUGAAAAAUGUUAAAAUUCAAGACGUUGACUCUUCCACCAUCAUUUCAGAAAUUGCUGAAAUCUCACAAGUUUCUACUCACCAUGAACAUGUGGAUGAGAUCACUAAAAUGGUCAAGCGUAGAGUCACUGAUCAAGAAGCAGUUCACAAAUUUGCCAAGUUGCUCCUCAAUUCAGUAUAUGCAUUCAACAAGGGUGACCAAGUUACCGAAAUGAUGACCCUUGGUCCUAGACCAAAGGAUUUGAUCAUGCAACCAAUGACAACAAAGAGAGGUAUUACUUCAGGACAUAAGGUCAUUCUCGUUCAUGGCUAUUGCUCGGGAGGCAACCCAUUCACUGCAUCUGACUUCCAAAAUGCGGUUAUUUUCUCUGAUAUUAAACAAUCGAGAACCAAUGAUCAAUUUGCUCAGUUGAUUUGGCAAAUUGGUAAGGACUUGCCAUCUUUCUCAAUUGUUUCACACAGUCAAGGAGGUUUGGCCGCUGUACACCUUUAUACCUUCUAUUGGUCAAAGGCCGAUAACGUUCCUACCAAUCCUAACAUUAGAAUUUUGCAAUCUGUUGGAUCUCCAUACGGUGGAUGCUCAGCUGCUGGAUCCAUUGCAAAUUUGGGUAAAGUCUUUGGAGCUGGCUGUGGGUCAAACAGUGAUUUGAGUGUUGAUGGAGCUUCCAAGUGGCUCAAGACCAUCCCAGAAUCUUCACAAAAAAAGAUUUACUAUUAUGCUACACAAAACCCAGAUGGUGGAAAGUCGUGUCAGUCUGUGAUGGAUUGGGUAUUAUACAAGCCCAACGAUGGAACAGUAGAGAUUAGAUUUACUACUUCAUUUGCUGCAGCUAAUAAUAUGGGUAUCACUAAAGGAUGGUGUCACACUGCAGACAUGGCGUAUCCAGCACAGGGUACUGAUCAUGACAGAAAUGCAGUGUUGAAUAAGUACGCUAAUGGUUUUUAA